GGUUGUUGAACUGGCCGGGCUGCUUCCCUCGCCGGCUGUUCAGAGCAGCAGCAGCAGCAGCAGUGGAGCCCCAGACCAGACAGACAAAGAGCGGAGGGAUGUUCAGAGAAUAAACAACAAAAGAUAUGAAGCUCCGGAGAUCCUGAGGAACAUGCUGGACUCCUGCCUUCACGCUCUUCUUCAGGGGGUGUGGAGAUACAAUUAUUCCACAUACUGACCAUUUACUGACUGAUACAGCUCAUAUAGAACUGAUACAGGUCAUAUAGAACUGAUACAGCGCUGCCUGUAGCUGCUAGUUCCUGUGUGUGGUCAGUCUGGUCAGUAACUGGAUUUCUGGACCUGCUCUCUGUGCUGUAAAGUAUCAGGAAUGAUUCAGCCGAGGAACCCCUGAACCCACACUGGGAUGAGAGUAUCCAGCACUCAGUGACCCCCCUGCCUGGCCUGCUGCCGGCCAGGUCCCACUGCUGACCUGCUGAAGGACUAAACCAGUAGAAUCAUGUCUUCCCCAGAGACUGCACAGCCUCCCCCCAAACCUGAGGUCAGACAGAAACCCACGAUACCCCUCAAACCCCUGAACGGCACCUCGGAUACACCUCCCACAGACAAGGACACUAAGGAUGCUCCCUCGAGGAACUCUGGGAAUGUACUGAAGAUCAUCAGUAGGUUCAAUCAGCCGGAUGUUCAGCCGUUAUCCGGAACAGCAGGAGGUGCUGCUCACAGCAGAGACUCGAAAAAGAAAACCAAGAGACCGCCCACCAUCAAGCCCCGCCGCAGCAAGGUCUCAGUACCUCCACAGGUCACGUCUGACCAGGCCCCGCCCCUACCUCUGAAACGUAGACAGACGCUGAACAGGGAGGGAAUAGCAGCCGGGCUAACCGAGGGAGAACCUGCCGUGCCUGAUGUCUCAGACGGUGGACGAUCAGCCCCUGAUGGAAAGGAGGUGGAGGUAAAGAGUGGCCGUCUGAAUGUGGAGCAGAACCCGAGCCCUGUUCCAGAACCUCAGUGCGAGAAGAACUGCAGCUGUAUCUGCCACUUACAGCGACCCGGCAUGAAGCUGGUGUGGGUGUCCAUCUCUGAGAAGGAGGAGGAGGAGGAAGAGGAGGAGAAACAGGAUGAGGAGACGGUUAAGGACGAGGAGGAGGAUGAAGAGCAGAAGAGUGAGGAAGAGGAUGGAGAGAGUGAUGGUGGGGAACCUGAUGAGGGCGAGAAUGAGAACGAUGCUGAGGCUGAAGCUGAAGCCGAAGCUGAGGACGGGGAAUCGGAGACGUGUCCGAGCGAAUCCUCAGAAGACGGCUGCAGUCAGGAUAAACCCCCAAGAAUGAAUAAAAUCCGAUUUAAGGCCACGCUAGACCUGAUUGAGGGUCAGCUGAGGAGGAGAUCCGACCCCGGCCCAGAGGUGGUUCUGACCUCCUUUAACUCCUUACAGCAGGUCAAUUCCAGCCUCAACAAGGCCCACUCCGUGUCGGAGGAGGAGUCCAUUUACGAAGUCGUAAUUCACGAGAUGAUUCCCUACAAAGACAUAAGCGACAAACCCUCCUCAACCCCCCAAAUCCAGAUCACUAAACCCCCUCGAAGCUCUAAAAUCAUUAACGAUGAGCAAUCUCCUCCAGCUAUUCCUCCUCGAGUGCCAAUGGAGCCGAACCGGGUGCUGAGGGCACUGCGGCGCUCCCGGCCGGUACCCCUCCCUCAGCCUCCGGUCCGGUCCCUGUCCCCAAAAUCCACCUCUUCAGAACAAAGCCCCCCCAACAGCCCUCAGCUACACCGCAUGCCUCUACUCCCUCCACCCAAAGCCAAACGCAUGAGCAGCCAGUCCCAAUCUCUUAAAGAAGAUGAAGAUGACGGGAGCACUGCGGGAGACGCAGAAAAGAAAGAGGAUCAGAAACCAUCUGUUACACGCCAGAAGUCCCUGGAUAUGGAGGCUCACAUGCCGGAGGAGUUUCUGUACCAGAUUUAUACAGAAACGUACAUAUCUCGUGAGAUCCGUCGCCAAACAGUGUGCCGUAACAUUAGCAAAACCAGCGCAGACUUCCAGGGGGACGACUGGCAUCCACGCAGCAAGAGCAGCUGUAGUACGGGAACAGUGACUGGGGCGGAUACAGGAGAGAACCGCAGCAGCCCCAUCCAGUCAUCUAUAAAACAGAACACACUGUGGCAGGACCUGCCGUCUGUUAAAGAGAGCGGCAUCCUGCAGAAGCUCACGCCUGAGGAGUGCAAGUACCAGGAGAGCAUGUUCGAGGUGAUGACAUCAGAAGUGUCAUACCUGCGCUCCCUGCGGGUUCUGACUGAACAUUUUCUGGAGUCACGGGAACUGAAUGAUACUCUUAUCGUCUUGGAUAAAAAAACCCUCUUCUCCAACAUCCUCCGCAUCCGAGAAGUCAGUGAGAAGUUUCUGAAGGACCUGGAGAACAGACUGGAUGAAAGUUUAGUCGUGUCCGACAUCUGUGACAUCAUCAGUUACCACGCACAGCACAACUUCCCCGCGUACAUCGACUACGUCCGAAACCAGAUCUACCAGGACAAGACCUACAGCACGCUCAUGCAGACCAACACGCAGUUUGCCACAGUAAUCAGUCGUCUGCAGGAGUCUCCCCGAUGCCAGCGGCUGCCCUUCAUGUCCUUCCUGCUGCUGCCCUUUCAGCGAAUCACACGCAUCAAAAUCCUCGUAGAGAACAUUUUGAAGAGAACUGUGGAGGGAACAGACAAGGAAGAGUCUGCCUCAAAAGCUCUGAGCGCCGUGUCCAAGAUUAUAGAAGAGUGCAACACUCAGGUUGGAAAGAUGAAGCAGAUGGAAGAACUAAUCGAGAUCAACAAGAUGCUGGAGUUCGACAAACUGAAGGCAGUGCCGAUCAUCUCUCAGACCCGUUUCCUGGAAAAGCGAGGUGAACUGCUGGAGGUGGCUAAAGGAGGAACCCUCUUCAACCUCAAGCCUAAAUUCACCCCCGUCUGCCUCUUCCUCUUUAAUGACCUGCUCGUCUUAGCCAAUAAGAAAGGCUCAGAGCGCUAUGUGGUGAUAGACCACGCCCACCGCUCGCUGGUGCAGGUACAGGCUCUGGGUGAGAAUCCGAGUCUGGAGAACUGCUUCUCUAUUUCACUGCUGGAAAACCACCAGGGACGCAUGAUGGAGAGACUGAUAAAAGCCCCCUCACAGUCUGAUAUGCACAGAUGGCUGGCGGCAUUCCCCAACCCUGAGGAUCCGAACAGAGAGCAGGAGGAGGUUAUAUAUGAAGACUGGGACUGUCCACAAGUGCAGUGUAUUGAGCAGUAUGUGGCGAAGCAGACAGACGAGCUAAAUCUGGAGCCCCCAGAGAUCAUCAAUGUGAUACGCAAAACCAACGAGGGAUGGUACGAGGGGAUCCGUCUGUCUGAUGGUCAGAAGGGAUGGUUUCCUGUGGCUAACGUUGUGGAGAUCACCAAUGAACACGUGCGACGGCGUAACCUGCGAGAGCGCUACCGGGUCAUGCGGGCGGCCAGCGCCGUGACCCACAAGACACGGACCCUCCCAUAACCCAUAACCCACAACCCAUACUGAUACCAGUACCAGUACUGAACUUUCCAUUACAGGACUGCAGGAGGACUCUGUGGACUCGUACUCAGAACAUUGUGCCUUUACUGAGCUGUAAAAGUACUAGAGAUUCGUCUUUUUUACAAAGAAUAACUGUUUCGAGCCUUCAGAACUGAACUGCAGGGUCAGAAAAACAGAUAUUUUAGUUUUAAGCAAAAAAACAAAGAAAAAAAAAACAAAGAAAAGUGAAAGAACUGGAGCACACCACUGCAGUAUGAUCUGACCAACUGUAUAUUUAGGAAGUUGGCUUUAUGUGUUUUCACAAGUUUAAAGAGGAAAAGUCCUGCUGCCAUAUAGAGCUUGAAAGCUGACCUAUAUAUAUGAAUCUGCAUUUUGUGUAUUUUACUUAAAUUCACCUGAUUUUCACAAACUAUAAAUAUUUAACAGCCUUCAAAUUCAUUCCAAUUUUCAGAUUUAAGAAAUUCAGGUCUGUAAAUGUAAUCUCUUUAAUUAAAAAUGUAAAAUAUGAAUUUGUUCCACAGACAAAACAUAGAUAAAUAUCUGUAGAUAACAUAGAUUUGGAUUUUAAAAUGUAUAUUUUCUUCUCAGCAGCAAAUUUUACCACUUCAUAAAUUUAAAACCCAACAAAAAGCAUUGUUAGGGUUAAAAUUCAUUCCAAGGAUGGCCCACUUGAAUCCUGGCUCAUGCUGCUUUUGCAUCAGCAGCUGGAGUCUGAGAGAGGAUGGUUGGGCUUGCUCUCUCUGGGUGGGUAUGGUAUCAUUUGAUUACAAAUAAAUUAAGUAAAUAAAUUAUGGCAUUAAUUAUUUAAAGUUUAUUUGAUUUAAGUAUACAAAAUGCAGAUUUAAAUACGUACUAGUGCAUCUUAAAAAAAUGUAAUAUCAUUGAAAAGUUACUUUAUUUUAGUAAUUCAGUACAAAAUGUGAAACUCAUAUAUUAUAUAGAUGUACUACACACAGAGUGAUCUAUUUUAAUCGUUUAUUUAUUUUAUUAAUGAUGAUUAUGGCAAACAGUCAAUGAAAACCAGUUCAAAUCAGUGUCUCAGAAAAUUAGAAUAUUAAAUAAGACCAAUUGGUACUUUGGCAGUGUGGGCAGUGUGCCAAAUCCUGCUAGAAAAUGAAAUCUGCAUCUCCAUCUGUCAGCAGAUCAGAUGUGGUUUGGAGAGACAUGUCAUCUGCUGGUGUUGGUCCACUGUGUUCAGUCUUACAGCACUUCAUGCUUUUAUAGAGAUGCGGCUUUCAUUUUUCAGCAGGACUUGGCACAUUGCUAAAAGUACCAACUGGUCUUAUAUAAUAUUCUAAUUUUUUUGAGACACUGAUUUUUGGGUUUUCAUUGGCUGUGAGCCAUAAUCAUCAACAAUAAAAUAAAUAAACACUUAAAAUAGAUCACUCUGUGUUUAAUACAUCUAUAUAAUAUAUGAGUUUCACAUUUUCAACUGAAUUACUGAAAUAAAGCAACUUUUCAAUGAUAUUCAAAUUUUUUGAGAUGCAUAUAUAUAUAUAUAUAUAUAUAUAUAUAUAUAUAUAUAUAUAUAUGUCAGCUUUUAAACACCAUACUGCCUCUUCUCAUGUGUUCCCUUUAUUGUAUGUAUGGUAUGUGUGGUGUGUGUGUGUGUGUGUGUGUGUACAGGUAUGUGUGUGAAUGUGUUUGUAAGUCUGUAUAUAUGUGUUUCUGUUUGUAUUAUUUUGUCUAAACAUUACAUCGAAUUGUCUGGAUUGAAGUCUUUGUUCACAGCAGCUUAUUAAACAUGAUUAAAUUCAGUCUAAGCUGUAAUAAAGUGGGCAAUCAACAUUUUACCCAACAUACCUUUCUGA